CGGAUAAUGAGACCACUGUCUCGGUAAUUAGUUCUGGUGUUUCCCGAAGUUUUUGCAAAUAGUUACAUAUUCGACAUGGCAAACGUUACAAGUCCUAUCGAUAUCGGGAGAUGUUCAUUGAGGCAUCGCGUCGUGAUGGCGCCGAUGACGCGCCUGCGGGCAGAUGAAAAUCACGCACCGCUGGAUAUGAUGAGGGAGUACUAUGCGCAGAGAGCCUCAGUUCUUGGCACGCUUCUCAUUACGGAAGCGACGUUUGUAUCGGCCACAUCACGAGGGCGUGAUGAGAAUGCUCCGGGAAUAUUCUCGCAGGAGCAGGUCCAAGCGUGGCGACAUGUAACAGAUGAGGUUCACAGCAAAGGAUCCUUCAUCUUCAUGCAGCUAUGGCACGUCGGUAGAGCAGCUCGCCAACGAGCGCUGGACAAGGCUGGCUUAGAAAUGGUCAGUAGUAGCGACGUCCCCAUCAGCGGAGAGUAUCCGACACCACGGCCCAUGAGCACUGAGGAAAUCAGGGAGUGCAUUGCAUCUUUCGCCAGUGCCGCUAGAAAUGCCAUCAAUGCGGGUUUUGACGGUGUCGAGAUUCAUGCUGCAAAUGGAUACCUCAUCGACCAAUUUACGCAAGAUACAUGUAACAGACGAACAGAUGAAUGGGGCGGCAGUAUUGAGAAUCGGUCACGGUUCUGUCUUGAGAUUGCGAGAGCUGUUUCACAAGAGAUAGGCCCGGAUCGGACAGCUAUUCGACUGUCACCUUUCAGUACGUUCCAAGGCAUGCGGAUGCAUGACCCCGAGCCGCAGUUCACCCACCUGAUCUCCGAGUUGAAGCCCUUGGGGCUCGCGUACCUCCAUCUCAUUGAACCCCGUAUUGCUGGAAACGUGGACAGGGAAACCGAUGACAUGGAAAGCCUCGACUUUGCGCUUGAUGCAUGGGCUUGGGCCGGACCAGUCAUUUUGGCUGGGGGUUACACAGCGGAAAAGGCAAACAAAGCCUCGGAAACAAGCUUGAAAGACCGACCUGUUGCGUUUGCGUUUGGGAGACACUUUAUUUCUAAUCCAGACUUGCCGCUUAGACUCGCGAGGAAUAUCCCCCUGGCGCCGUAUAAGAGGGAUACUUUUUACAAGGUAAAGAGCGUGGAUGGGUACACGGAUUAUCCUUUCAGCAGAGGGUGGAAGGAAGGACAAACGGUAGAGUAAAUGACGGUAUAUACUAGACAUUGACUUGCCUGGUACGAAUGUCCAUUUUUGCGUUUGUUGAUGCAUGGAAGAUGCUGCAUGCCUACGGAAUAAGCAAAGCUAGGCCACUGCAUGAGUCCAGGGCUGGGGUGCCAUGAAAUGAGUUGGGACGGCACGAGAAUGGGUAUGAAGGUGAAAGAGGCAGUGUAUUAGUUGCAACUUCUAAAACAUCGGAAUGUUCUUUGUGA